CCAGUGCUGUGGUCAAAUUGAAAAAUCUCUCCAAAAUCUCAUCUUCUCCCCCCGCUUCCUCUCUCCCCACCAUUAGAGCAGAUCUCGUAUUAGAGCUCCCAGUUGAGAUUCAGAAGAACCCAGAAAAAAAUGGCUUCUUUCUCGAUGAUAUCGGCAUCAUCCCACCUCUAUAUCCCAAAGAAGCUAGCUUUUCCAAUCCGGUGCUCCUCCGCUUCAUCGUCGCCGUCCAUUUCAACCCAAUCGAGCCCCCUCAAGUUCGAUUUGAAAACCUACUGGACUACCCUCAUCGCCGACAUGAAUCAGAAGCUUCACGAAGCCAUUCCGAUUCGGUACCCAGAGCAGAUAUAUCAAUCCAUGCGAUACUCCGUUCUCGCUGAUGGCGCCAAGCGAGCCUCACCGGUCAUGUGCGUCGCAGUCUGUGAACUCUUCGGCGGCAACCGCCUUGCCGCCUUCCCCACCGCCUGCGCUCUCGAAAUGGUACAUGCGGCUUCACUCAUACACGAUGAUCUUCCGUGCAUGGAUGACGACCCAUCACGGCGAGGCCAGCCCUCGAACCACACAAUUUACGGCGAUGACAUGGCGAUUCUCGCCGGGGAUGCUCUGUUUCCAUUGGGGUUUCAGCACAUUGUAUCAAACACGCCUUCCAACCUCGUGCCGGAGCCGCGCCUCCUGCGUGUGAUCAUAGAGAUUGCUCAGACCGUGGGGUCCACGGGAAUGGCGGCCGGGCAGUUCCUGGACCUUGAAGGCGGGCCAGAGGCGGUGGAAUUCGCCCAGGAGAAGAAGUUUGGGGAGAUGAGUCAGUGCUCUGCUGUUUGCGGAGGACUGCUGGGGGGUGCUGAAGAUGAUGAGUUGGAUAGGCUGAGGAGGUAUGGGAGAGCUGUCGGGGUUUUGUACCAGGUGGUUGACGAUAUUCUUGAGGAGAAGAUGAAGGGCGGAGAUGAUGGUGAUGGAGAGGGGAAGAAGAAGGGGUUCAGCUAUGUGAAAAUGUAUGGGGUGGAGAAGGCUAUGGAGGUGGCAGAGCAGCUCAAAACCAAAGCUAAACAGGAGUUGGAUGGGUUUGAGAAGUAUGGUGAUGGAGUGGUGCCACUCUACAGCUUUGUGGAUUAUGCUGUUGAUAGAGGGUUUAGUGUCAGUUGAUGAUAGAAUUAGAGCAUAAGCUUUAUAUGGUUUGAUGCUUAAUUUGCAGAAAAUUGUAUUAGCACCUUGGAUUAAUCUUGCAUUAGCAUAAUCCCAUUAAUAACAAAUAGCUUUUAAACAGUGUAAAA